AUGUGCAACACUGAGCUGGAUCAACGUGGUUGCUGCUUUUGGAGUCCUAAGUCUUGCUGGGGAGCCAGUGUUUCACUCCUUCCUGCUGUCCUAUCUGGGAACAGAGCUUCAGUCUCCAUCAUCAAUCAUCCAGGAAGGAACUCAGACUUCCACGUGGAACCCUUCCUCUCAGAGACCUCAUCCAGUCCUAACCACUACUACAUAGUACCAGGCAAUGAUACACAAAUUUCAGAAUUUCUUAUUCUGGGAUUAUCAAAGGAACCAGAACUGGCACCCCCCAUAUUUGGACUUUUCCUCUCCAUGCACCUGAUCACUGUGUUUGGAAACAUGUUAUUUCAACUGCUGGUUCUGGUGUCCUGGUUCAUAAGUUCCCUGCAUUUCUCGUUAGAAAGCUUAAUGGUUUUGUGGCUGUCCUUCUCUACCAACGUGGAAAUCCUCCACUUUUUUUUUGUAAAAUCAAGCAGGUCCCACUUGCCUGUUCUGACACCUUUCUUAAUGACAAUUACGUAUUUUGCAGCAGUGCUGCUGGCUGGUGGUCCCUUCACUGGUGUCCGUCACUCAUGCUCUAAGAUGGCUUCCUCCAUAUGUGGAAUCUCGUCAGCUCAGGGGAAGUGUAAAGCUUUUUCCACUUGUAUGUCUCCUCUCUCAGUUGUAUCCUUAUAUUAUUGUUCGAGCCUAGGCGUGUACCUUAUCUCUGCUUCUACCCACAGUUCACACUCUAGUGCAACAGCCUCGGUGAUGUACACCGCGGUCACACCCAUGCUGAAUCCCUUCAUCUACAGUCCAAGGAAGAAAGACAUAGAGGGGGCUCUGAAGAGUCAUUCAGAGGGUAGGUAUAAAGAAGCAAAUUGUUGUCGGGCUGAAUAA